GCAUAGGAAGCUAGCACACACCUUCCUCAUGUUUAUUGAUGAGGAGGUGGUGGUGAUGAUAAUAAUUUUAAAACCUCGAAUACACCUUGACAGGACACUAAUAAGAAGCACGUUAUUGUAAAGUUGACUGAACGAACUUACUGUAUUUUGACAUAACAGUCUUAUCAUCGUCGUGGCUAAUGUUUGCUAACUAACAUUAAGCUAGCAGUGCAUUAGCGUAUAUGUGUGUUAGGUUUCCAGUCGUCAUCACAACAACUGGGACAGCUUGAAAUUUAUCGCUGCAAACCUGGCAUAAAAAUGGCAUCAAUAGCAGCAACUCAUGAGCCAGGUUUAAAUCCAGGCUCCAUACCGCUGGCUGAUGCUUUAGUCCCCGCUAGUAUCUUCGCUCCAGACCGGGGAGGAUGCGCGGACGACGCCGGGGACGAGUGCUUCGACGACGGGGACAUGCUCAAUGGCGAGCUCGAGGACCGAGGGGUUGACUUCACUAGCAAGCUGGCACUUGUUAGCCCGAACGGGGAACAGUAUGACUCUUUACUUCGCCAAUUACGUGACAGGAUGGAGGAGGGGUGUGGAGAGACCAUCUACGUAGUUGGGAUGGGCUCAGAUGGUGGUGACUGGGGUCUAGAUGAGAAAGAUAUGGAGGCCUCGGUUGCCACGGUGCGCUCUAUGUGUGAGCAAAUAGAUGCUGAUCUCAUCCCACUACGAGAGCGCAACGAGUCUGCUGGUCUGGUGCGCGACUAUUUGAUUCGCCGGCGUGUGGGUGAGCUGGACUUCCUGGAGGUCAGGGUUGCAGUUGUGGGGAAUGUGGAUGCUGGGAAGAGUACGUUGCUGGGGGUAUUAACACAUGGAGAGCUGGACAAUGGCAGAGGCUUUGCUCGCCAGAAGCUCUUCAGACACAAACAUGAGAUGGAGAGCGGCAGGACCAGCAGCGUUGGCAACGAUAUCCUGGGGUUUGACCAGGAGGGGCAGGUGGUGAAUAAGCCUGACAGUCACGGAGGAAGCCUGGACUGGACUAAAAUAUGUGAGAAGUCCUCUAAAGUGAUUACCUUCAUAGACUUAGCUGGCCAUGAGAAAUACCUCAAGACCACUGUGUUUGGGAUGACUGGACACCUGCCUGACUUCUGCAUGCUCAUGGUGGGCAGUAAUGCAGGUAUUGUAGGGAUGACCAAAGAGCACCUGGGCCUGGCCUUAGCUCUAAACGUGCCUGUGUUUGUGGUGGUGACCAAGAUAGACAUGUGUCCUGCAAACAUCUUGCAAGAGACGUUGAAGCUGCUCCAGCGGUUACUGAAGUCCCCUGGCUGUAGGAAGAUCCCCGUCCUGGUUCAGAACAAAGACGACGUCAUAGUCACAGCCUCAAACUUCAGCUCAGAGAGGAUGUGCCCCAUCUUUCAGAUCUCCAACGUAACUGGCGAGAACAUGGACCUGCUCAAAAUGUUUCUCAACCUGCUCUCCUCUAGGACCUCCUACCGAGACGACCAGCCUGCAGAGUUUCAGAUAGACGACACCUACUCUGUACCGGGCGUAGGAACAGUAGUAUCAGGAACUACUUUACGUGGACUCAUACGUCUGAAUGACACCAUGCUACUGGGGCCUGAUCCUUUGGGCAGCUUCAUCCCUAUUGCUGUCAAAUCGAUACACCGUAAGAGGAUGCCUGUGAAGGAAGUUAGAGGAGGCCAGACCGCCUCGUUUGCUCUCAAAAAGAUUAAGCGUUCGUCCAUAAGGAAAGGCAUGGUGAUGGUGUCCCCACGGUUGAGCCCACAGGCCACUUGGGAGUUUGAGGCAGAGAUCCUGGUGUUGCAUCAUCCCACGACAAUAUCACCACGAUACCAGGCUAUGGUCCACUGUGGCAGCAUACGGCAGACAGCCACUAUUCUGUCCAUGAAUAGAGACUGUUUACGGACCGGGGAUAAGGCUUCAGUCCACUUCCGCUUCAUCAAAACCCCCGAGUACCUGCAUUGUGACCAGAGGCUGGUGUUCAGGGAGGGCCGCACGAAAGCUGUGGGGACUAUUACUAAGCUGUUGCAAUCCACCAACAAUUUGCCGUCAAAUUCCAAACCUCCUCAAAUCAAAAUGCAAUCCACAAAAAAGGCACCGCUCCGAAAAGAAGACGGCACGACAGCAGCCGGAGACGACGUAGCGACGAUAGCACAGUCAGCAGGUUCAAACACGACACAACCGGGAGAGGGGGAUGAAGACCCUCAAAUAAAGGAGGGCAACAAAGAGAACAAGCCAAAGUCCGGAGGCGGUGGAAGGAGGAGGGGUGGUCAGAGGCACAAAGGAAAAGGCCAGAAUAGCAGUGCCAACACCACAGCAGCCCCCUCCUCAUCAGGGAUAGGAGGCUGCUGAAGCGCCUCCUUGUCUCUCGCAUACCUCCCUCUCUGCUAUCACUCCACUAAGUGUCUUCAUUCCACAGACCAUGAAAGAUACCGACGUUUGGCGCAGGACACUCUCCUCAGUCUUACUAUUCCUUGCCUUUUUACACAAGGUCCUACAGUUUUUAUUUAAAGGGAACAAAAAAAAAAGGAUGUGUUCUGGAUGCAUUUUAAUGUCAGCUGCCUUUGCUGUUUAAAAUUGUGCGUUUUUUGAGGUUAGCCUCACUCAGGAUGAUUUUAUGAUCUCAAAUGCAUUCAUGACUGAAUCCAAUUUGAUCCAUGUUUUAUUUUCCAACAAAUAAAUCCUCUGGCUUAAGGUCAGUGGCAGAAAGGGAGGCUAAACCCCAAAAUAUGGGUCCAGCGAUAACAUGAGCAGCUAUAAAUGAAACCCCCAUGCAUUCCCUAUGUAUUGAUAAACAGUUGGUGUACUAUUUAUACUGCGUAUGUAAUAUAGAUAUAGGUCGUGCUCCAAUUGGAAAGAAGCUAUUGUACAAAAUGUAUGCAAAUCACAAAUGAAUGUAGCAGUGGGCACGUAGUGAUUUUAAAUUCUAGAUAUAUGGGAAAUAUAAGCUGUUCUGUUUUAUAAUUGUCAGUUAUUUAUUUGGCCAAAACACAAGACUCAGAUUCUUGGACUGUCACACUCACCCACCCACUUAGAUUCAGUGGUACGGUACCCAUCAUUCUCCAGCUGUCAGUCAUCCAUGUGACAUACCUUGUAUCUAUAGUGAUAGUACAGACAAACAGCACAUGACUUUCUCACUCCAGCAGCUGUUCAUCAUCAUAAGACUUGCAGUGCUAAUCGUUACUCUUGUAACCCAUUGCGUUAUGGCUUCUUGCUGUUAAUGUCAUGACAUUUAAUAAACACACUUUGCCGCUGAAAAAACUGACUUAAUAAACAGGCUUUACUGAA